AGCGGCAGCAGCGGCUUUAGGGAGCAGCGCUUCAGACCACUUGUGUUGUGCAGGAACGGGCACGACAUAGCUUGGAAGAAGGGAGGAAAAAAAACACAAAAAAAAAACCCCAAACACCCACUCUUUCAUUUGGAUUAAACCAGGGAUCGGCGGCGGGACUCCGAACCGAGGAGGGGGAGAUCUUUAAAAGCGACAUCGGGACCGAGUGUGGAGGAUUUUUCUCUCCGUGUGGCGCUGCUCUUUGAUCGGGAGCUUUCUGAACGACCACACCGACGAAUGCUCUCCGCUGCCCCGCCGCUAAGGUUGCUGGCUAAGAGAAACAGCCGAUAAUGCACGGCAUCUGCUCCGGAGCCACACCCACUUCCUGUCUGUAGAGGAAGCGGCUGUGCCAGCAUGUCCUCUCAUCCCCAGUCUGUGCCGUCGGGCCGGAGGACUGUGGACACACGGCACCUGCCAAACCCUGCCAGUCUACCACUGCAGCUGCAACGGGCACACACGGAAUCGGGACUGGUUGACUACCACUCUCACCAUGCCAGGGACUACAGCUCCCACCUGUCCCAGCCGCAUCGCCGUCGGCCUUCCUUACUCUCAGAGUUUCAGCCUGGGAAUGAAAGAGGACAAGAGCAGCAUAUCCGCUAUGACCACAUCUACCUGCAAGAGCCCAGCAGCCAAUCAGAGGUGGAGUAUGCAGAGAUAAAACGGCCUCGCUUAGAGAUGGGAUCAGACUCUCUGAUGAGGCCUUCGUCCCACCGGCCACAAUUGCCUCUGGGAGGGGCUGAGGAUAUGGCAAAGGACCGUGGAAGCUCCAUGGGGAAACUGGAGCCCAUCUCCCCCGUGAGCCCGGUCCACAUGGACCCGGACUUGGAUCUGGUGCCGGCUCGCUACUCCAAGGAGGAGCUGAUCCAGAACAUGGACCGCGUGGACAGGGAGAUCACCAUGGUGGAGCAGCAGAUCUGCAAGCUUCGCAAGAAACAGCAACAGCUGGAGGAGGAGGCUGCAAAGCCCCAUGAGCCUGAGCGGCCCAUCUCACCGCCACCCAGCGAGGCCAAGCACCGCAGCCUGGUGCAGAUCAUCUACGAUGAAAACAGGAAAAAGGCAGAGGAGGCUCACAGGAUACUGGAGGGACUGGGACCCAGAGUAGAACUGCCUCUGUACAAUCAGCCUUCUGAUACCAAGCAGUACCAUGAGAACAUCAAAAUAAACCAGGCGAUGAGGAAGAAGCUCAUCUUGUACUUCAAGAGGAGAAAUCAUGCUCGUAAGCAGUGGGAACAGAAAUUUUGCCAGCGCUAUGACCAGCUGAUGGAAGCCUGGGAGAAGAAGGUGGAGCGCAUCGAAAACAACCCGCGGCGCCGAGCCAAGGAGAGCAAGGUGCGGGAGUACUACGAGAAACAGUUCCCAGAGAUCCGCAAGCAAAGAGAGCUGCAGGAGCGCAUGCAGAGCCGCGUUGGGCAGCGAGGAGGAGGGCUGGCCUCGUCUGCAGCUCGCAGUGAGCAUGAGGUCUCCGAGAUCAUCGACGGGAUAUCGGAGCACGAGAACACAGAGAAGCAAAUGCGACAGCUGGCGGUCAUCCCUCCGAUGCUGUUUGACGCUGAGCAGCAGCGCAUCAAGUUCAUCAACAUGAACGGAUUGAUGGAUGACCCCAUGAAGGUGUACAAGGACCGGCAGGUCAUGAACAUGUGGAGCGACCAGGAGAAAGACACUUUCAGAGAGAAGUUCAUCCAGCACCCCAAAAACUUUGGUCUGAUUGCGUCUUUUCUGGAGAGAAAGACGGUGGCAGAGUGUGUGCUCUUUUACUACCUGACCAAAAAGAAUGAAAACUAUAAGAACAUAGUGCGGAGGAACUACAGACGCCGAGGAAGAAGCCAGCACGGCCAGCAGCAGCAGCAGCAGCAGCAGCAGCAACAAGUGCACCGGGGCAGCCAGGAGGACAAGGAGAAGGAGGAGAAAGAGAAGGAGGGGGAGCGGGAUGAAGAAAAAAAUGAAGCUGAAGACAAGGAAGAUGGAAUGAAGGAUGACACCUCUGGAGAAGAUGCAGAGGACAAAGAGCCCACUGUGGCUUUCAAGGGUCGCCGAACAGCCAACAGCCAGGGCCACCGCAAGGGCCGCAUCACCCGCUCUAUGACCAGUGAAGUGGAGGAGACCACCACACCGCCACUCAACAAUGAGCUCGCCAAUCUGGAGAUGAAUGAGAGCUCUCGCUGGACUGAAGAAGAGAUGGAAACUGCCAAAAAAGGCCUUCUCCAGUAUGGUAGGAAUUGGUCCGCCAUCGCCAAGAUGGUGGGAUCCAAAACCGUGUCACAGUGCAAGAACUUCUACUUCAACUACAAGAAGAGGCAGAAACUGGAUGAGAUUCUGCAGCAGCAUAAAAUGAAAUCGUGUGCGUUUGUUUUGACCCAGGAGAAGGAGCGAAAGGCCCGUCGUAGGGGCAAAACCCUGCAGAAUGAGGAGACCAGUGCCCAGUAUCCAGCAGAGGAGGAGGAGAUGGAGGUAUCAGGAGCUAGUGGCAAUGAAGAGGAGGCCCCUGAAGAUGGAGAAGGUGGAGCCAACAACAGCUCUGACACAGAGAGCCUGCCCUCGCCACACUCAUCAGAGGACAGCAAGGCUAAGGAGGAAAGCUCGGGCAGGUCAAAGGCCAGCUCCAACUCCGGGGACAAGGAGGCGUCCGGGUCCGACAUGGGCCAGGCAGGGGACGAGAAACCUCCUGUCAAGGAAGAUGCGGACUCAGGCAUCAAGCAGGAGAUAAAGACUGAGACAGGGGAGCCCAGCAAGGAGCAUCCAUCGCCGCCCAGCGACGCCGCAGAUAAAAAGCCUCCGACAGCAGAGACGGAGGAAGUGAAAAUCUCCGUCAAGAGCUCCAAGAAGGACCACGGGGCCAAAACUGGCUCCCAUGGGGACAGCGACUCUAGUGCCACUUGCAGCGCUGACGAAGUGGAGGAGACAGACAACACAGAUAAGAGCAGAAUAACUUCUCCACGGCCCAGCCUACUGAACUACACUCCCGACGGGGUCAUAUCCUCCCCCCUGCAGAAGCCCAUGGACCUGAAACAGCUCAAACAGAGGGCUGCUGCCAUUCCACCUAUUAUGCCAGAAGCCUCCAUGCAUGGCAGUCAGCGGAGUGGGGGCGGCAAGGCAGUGCUGCCCCCCCACGCCCUGGCACUGUACCAGCAGCAGAUCACCAUGGCUCACGGGGAGUCCUCUCAGGAGGUCAAACAGCAGCAGCAGCAACUCUCAGGCCAGCCGGGCAAACAGCAGCCUUACAACCUGCAGGCAGAGAGAGACAGGGAGGCUCUUCAUAGCAGCAGCCCUCGCAUUCGCCCGCGCAGCCCCUCCACCAGCGACAAGGAUGAGCUGGAAGGCAACGAGAGGUGGUUACUGACCCUCCUGCAGGGAUUAAAAAAGUCCCGAGCUUUCUCUCCGCACGGUGAAGCCAAGAAGCAGGCGCUGGGCCCAGAUGACCUCAGGACCUCCAACUUGGGUCGGCAAGUCCUCUCCCCCUACCCCAUGUCCCCGCGAGACAUGACCAAGAUCAGUCACGACCAGCACCUGCUCCACUUCAGCUCGUUCCAGCAAGCAGGCCACCCCUCUCUCUCCGGCCUGCCACAGGACAGUGGUAGGCUAGCAGCAGUGAGGCCCCUCACAAUGCCGGAGCCACCGCCACUCAUUUCCUCCACCAAGCCAGGAGGCUCCAUCACACAGGGUACCCCAGUGCAGUUGCACAGCCCUGCUCACGGGUUGGACCAUGGGAAGAUGCCCCCCACACAGAUGGGCUUGUCUUGGAAGGGAUCUUACCCCGUGGUGAAGCAGGAACAGCUGUCCCCUCGCAGCUCCUCCUCCCAAGCUGACAACCUGUCAACCCAGGGGCAGCCUCAUGAAAGCGCUGCCGGACGUGCGUCUAUUCCAGCUGUUCAGGGAGGCAGCAUCACUAAGGGCAUCCCAGGGACCAGAAUGCAUCCAGAUUCCUCAGUCUCUUACAGAGGGGGCUCCAUUACUCAGGGGACGCCGGCUGACGUGCUGUAUAAGGGAACCAUAACCCGUCUGAUCACAGAGGACAGCGCCAGCCGGGCUGAGAGGGAGCGGGACGAGGCCCUGUCCAAAGGCCACGUGGUCUAUGAGGGUAUCGGCGCGCACAUUCUCACAUAUGACCGCUCGGCUUCUCAGACCCCUAAAGACGAGGGCCGAGGCUCCGGGCAGCCUGGGGAAAUCCUGGGCCUGAAACGUCCUUAUGACAUCAUGGAGGGAGGCAUCUCUAGAGGACUUCCUAUGAGGGAUUCACUGUCUGCCGCCAACUGUGAAGGCCUGAUUGGUCGAGCUAUGCCUCAUGACAGAGACAGUCCACACCACACGCCCUACAAGGAUGCUCACAUCCGUGGUUCCAUCUCACAAGGUAUACCUCGCCAUCUGGACCAUCAGGACGGCUACCUGAGGAGGGAGGCUAAGCAGAUGAAGAGAGAGGGCUCUCCGCCCCGUGGGCCCGGUUCUCUCUCUGACCCAAUGAAGGUGCCAACGGUGAAAGAGGCCGGGCGCUCCAUCCACCUCAUUCCCAGUAACGAGCUCAGACAGCCUGGCAAGGAGGGCAUCAUAGCACAGGGAACACCCAUGAAGCAGGAGGCGGCUGGUUCAGGGAAACGUCACGAUGUCCGCUCCAUCAUAGCCAGUUCGCCGCGUUCCUACCACAACGCACCCUCCCACCUGGAGAUGCGCUCCGAGAGGGGCCGCUACGAAGAGGCACCAAAAGGGCGUCCCAGCGCUGUGGUCAGUACGGCGAGCCCCAUAGCCCGCUCUUCUCCCCUCACACUGGGGUCGGAGCAGGGAGGCAAGGCCCAUCACAGUCCAGUGGGCUACGAUGACAAAGGCGGAAUGAGAAACCCUUACCCUGGGCCCUCGCAUCGUGGCUCCCCUCUGUCCAGGGAGGCAAGCCAAAGGCAGCAUGAUGGUUCCAGUAAGAAUCCGACCCAGGAGCGUAAAUCCACACCGACCCCCAGGGAAAUGAGCGCUACCAAAUCACCGCUCCCGGGUGUUCCAGAUCAACAGACCUACGAGCGCCUGCUGCAGGGUCUGGGAGCUGCAGACGUGUACCGUCAAAUCCCCUUAGCCUUCGAUCCGGCAGCACUGCCCCGUGGCAUCCCCAUUGACCCAGCCUACUACCUGCCUCGCCACCUAACCCCCAACCCGGCGUACCCUCAUCCCUACCCCUACCUCAUCCGUGGCUUUCCCGACACCGCGGCCCUGGAGAACCGCCAGACGCUGCUCAACGACUACAUCACCUCCCAGCAGAUGCACCAGUGGCCUGCAGCCGCCGCCAUGGCCGCCCAGCGCUCAGACCUGCUGAGGGGCCUUGCUCCACGAGACCAGCCCCUUCCUCUUCAGUACUCUCCAGCCCCACGCGGGAUCAUCGAUCUUUCUCAGGUGCCACACUUACCUGUCCUGGUCCCUCCCUCUGCAGGGGCAGCUGGCUCCCCAAUGGAUCGCAUCACCUACAUCCCCGGGGGAAGCACCAACUUCCCUGGCAGGCCUUACACCACCUCCCCCAUCUCACCCGUUGGCUCCUCGCACAUGAACAAGAUGCAAGGCACUUCUUCAUCCUCGGAGCGAGAAAGAGACCGUGAGCGUGACAGAGAGAGGGAGAGGGACCGCGAGAGAGACCGAGAGCGGGAGCGUGACCGAGAGCGGGAGCGGGAGAGGGAGCGUGAACGGGAUCGGGAGAGAGAUCGCGAGAGAGAACGGGAGAGAGACCGGGACAGAGAGAGAGACCGAGAUCGAGAGCGCGACCGAGAGAAGGGCGGGUCUGUGGAACAUGCCCCCAUCUGGCGACCAGGUACAGAGCACAGCUUGGCGAGCAGUAGCAGCAGCGGCGGUGUGAGACCUUCUUCCCAACCAUACAGCCACCAGCACUCCCCAGUGUCCCCUCGCACCCAGGAGAACGUGCAGCAGAGGCCGAGCGUCCUGCACAACACUGGGGGCAAGAGUCUUUCUGUCAGCGAACACUCCAGCUCAUCGGUGUUUCGGUCCAUGCCUUCAGGACCGGCCCGCUACCAAGGUCACCCCGGCCACCUCCAAAGGACAGGUGUGCCCCCUGAGGCCUACCCGACUUCCAUGGACUCAGGUGUGGCCAAAGAGCAGAGUCGCGACGGAGGCAAAAACAGGGGAGGUCUGCCCAAGCACGUGCAGGACCAACACGGCAAAUCUGACCCCAAGCUGUCCAGCGCCAGCCCAGGAGGAAUGUACCCGGGUUCCUAUGCCUCAGGCCGGCCGCAACACCUGCUGCCUCCCCAGUCGGAUAACCCCCCCGGCCGCGGAGAAAGCGGUACACCUAGUAGGGAAAAGACUCAAAACAAACCGAUGUCCAUUCAGGAACAAGAGCUCCGAGCACUCGGUAAGACCACCAUGACUGCGGCCAACUUCAUAAACGCGAUUAUUAUGCGUCAAAUUUCUUGUGAAACGGGGAUGGCAGAGACGGGCUCGCUUGUUGCCAGCAGCGCCACUGAUGCUCAACAGAAGAUGGAGUCACACGGUCUGUACCGUCCUCCGUCUGAGGAGAGACUGUCUCCGGGCCAGCAGCCCCCGUCCCCCUGUGUUAAAGGCAGCCAGAGGGUGGUCACCCUGGCGCAGCACAUCAGUGAGGUGAUAACUAAAGACUACACCAGGCAGACUCAGCAGCAGCAGCAAAGCUACCACGGCUCUCCUGUCCUGGACCUGACCCGUCCGCCCAGUGCCUCCCAGCCCCCGCCAACCUCACAGGAGUCUGGCCAAGGGCCCCGAUAUUCGGAGGGCCUUGGUGGAGAACGUAACAGAGACCGGUCUCCACCUCAGCCUAAGACAUCACCUGUCAGCGUUUCAAACGAUGGCAUCGAACCGGUGUCUCCUGCCGGGGCCAACUCUGAACCUGAAGUCCAGGGAGGGGCCUCCUACCCCAACGAGCAGGGAGAGCAAGGGAUGGGCUCCCGUUCUCCUCCCAACACCUCCCAGCCUCCGGCUUUCUUCAGCAAGUUGACCGAGAGCACGUCUGCCAUUGUGAAGUCAAAGAAACAGGAGAUGAUCAAGAAGAUGACGGUGGUGGGAAACGAGGGUGAUUUCAAUGCCGGACAGCCUGGAACAGAGAUCUUCAAUAUGCCGGCGUCUACAACUGCAGGACCCGUGAAUGUCCGCAGCCACCCGGCUCCAGAGACACCUGGUAACUCAAUAGGCCUGGAGGCCAUCAUCAGAAAGGCCUUAAUGGGCAAUUACGACGAACAGUCCGAGGAACGCUCUCAGUCCGCUAACCCGAUGGGCUCCGGCGUCUCCGGUAUGACUGUGGACGGACGCGCUGAGGACUUCUUCUCACAAGGUGGGGGGAAGUCCUCAAAGAGCAGCGGGCGCUCUAACGGACGGAAGGCCAAAUCUCCGGGACCAGGCCAGUCAGGGGGGGAGAGACCGUCCUCUGUGUCCUCAGUCCACUCCGAGGGAGACUGCAACAGACGGACUCCUCUUACCAACCGCGUCUGGGAGGACCGGCCUUCCUCCACAGGUUCAACUCCAACUCCCUUCCCGUGUAACCCGCUGAUAAUGCGGUUCCCCAGCGGGACGGUGUCCGCCCCCUCCCCGUCCUCCGGCCAGCCGGGGGGCCAGGGCCCGGGUUUGGGACCCGGACAGGGCCGGUCCUGGGAGGAGGAGCCUAAACCUCUGCUCAUGUCUCAGUACGAGACCCUCUCUGACAGCGAGUGACCCCCCCCCCACACACACACACACACCACAACCCUCGUUAACCACAGGAACAGCUAACAGUCCACCAACUCUGUGCUGCUGCAGCCACACACACACACACACACACACACACACCUGCUGAACCUACCUGCACCAUUCCACUCUGCAUUUCCUCCAUCGGUCGUCAAGCAAGGGGUCGCAUCCUCCGUUUCACACGCCAGAGAUGCCGCGCAGCGACGAGCUGGAACCCCGCUGCUGCUCCGUGUGUGUGUGUGUGUGCGUUUGUGUGUGUGUGUGUGUGUGUGCGUGUGUGUGUGUUUGCACUUACCGUGUUAUGCAUUCACUCCAGGACUACUCGAAAGGACAAAUCACUUCUUUUUCGUUCAUUUUUUUUUUUUUUUUUCCUUUUACUACUUUUUCCUCACUGGCCUUAUCAAUAUAGACACAAUGACCUGCUCCUUUCUGGGGGUGCACCGCUCUAAUGUGCUGACACUUGUGUGGAAGGGAGGUUUCGGUCAGGAGCCUGGCGGCGGCGGCGGCGGCGGCGGCGGUGGCGGCGGCUCUGAGUGACAGAUUGUGACCUGAGAGCACAGCGAGGACCCUCUCACGUUUCUUCCCGGUGAACUCCAGGUGCAGGCGGCCUGUGCAGCUGCUACCACUACAGGAACACGUGCGAGGGGGACGGGGAGGAGAGUCGACAUCUUGUUCGUUCUUUUUCUUUCGCUCCUUUCUUUUUUUUUUUUUUUUUUUAAAUUCAGUCCAGUCCUGUGUUUGGAACGUGAGCUGAGACCUUUAGUACAUUUUGAUGGUGAACUUUUUGAUGGUGUCAUUUGUCGUCUAUUAUCUGCAAUGAUGUAUCUUUUUUUUUGG